AUGAGCGUUCGGUUUCAGGUGAAGUCAUUUGAGGAGCUCUCUGUUCAAGAGCUCUAUCAAGUAUUGCAACUGCGCAGUGAAGUGUUUGUGGUGGAACAAACCUGCGCUUACCAGGAUGUGGACGGUAAGGACGUUGAGGCAUUGCACCUACUCGGAAUUUUUGAAGGUGCCAUUGUGGCUUACGCACGCCUGUUCGCCCCUGGAUAUUCCUUCGACAACGCCUCUUUAGGUCGAGUGGUAAUCAGUGCCAAUUACCGUGAUCGGAAGUGGGGGCACGAUUUGAUUAAUUCAGCCAUUUCCAGUAUCAAAGAACUUUAUGGUGAGGAUAAAAUAACCAUUUCCGCACAAUUGUACUUGAAAAAGUUUUACGAGGGCCACGGUUUUGUUCAGGAUGGCGAUGGAUAUCUCGAAGACGACAUUCCGCACAUCAAGAUGGUCAGAGAGUAG